AUGUGCUUGUGGAAGCGUAUGCACAGGUCAGAUUGCGGCCACUACUGGUUCUGGCUGGAUGAGUGCUACAGGGGCAUGAGCAGAUGCACCUACAUAAUGACACCGGGAUAUCAGGAUAGCAUCGAGGAGGAGUCGGGCAACUGGCUCUGGUGCCCCAAGUGCAAGCGAGCAGAGGGAGCGGCGUGGACGUGCUGCAUGAGUAGGACCUACAACUGGUUCAGCAUGAUGGACACAUUCAACACGGCCACCGAGAUGUCGCUGGAACUGCUGAACGCCGGCAUCGAUUGCCGCGAGUGCGACCACGUGCUCUGCUCGGACUGCACCGUCUACGCCGAAGAUACAGAGCACACAAAGGCCGACUCUGGUGAGGCUUCCUCCUCUACUGCUUAG